AAAAAUUUCCACAACAUUAACAUGUCAUAUAUCAAAACACUCAGGACAAUGAGGGUAAUCACGUCACGGGUAUUCGGAUACUGUCACAUGCUUAUGUCCAAAAGUAUUGGCACCCUAGCUGUCCAAUAGCUUUCACAAGCUUUCUGUCCACCUGCCUCAAAAAGUCACACAUACUCAUAUGUCCAGUCGCUUCCAAAAAGCACCGGCCUUUGAGAAUAAUUGCACCGUCAAAGCCAACAUCAAAGUUUGUCGCGAUGAACUUUACAAAUCUAGUUUUAUCUUGAUUUAAUAUAUUAAAGCGGGAUAAUUCGAUAUAUUAGCCUGGGGUCACCACCGCAGAUCCUCCAGUUCACACGUUUUAUUUCACACAUGUUUACACAGAUGGCCUUCCUGACACAUCCCUCCUGUUUAGGGACCGGCACUAGCGUUAAUCCCUCAGUAACUGGGUCGGGUUCUAGCCUGUGUGUCGAACCCGGGCCACAUCAAUGAGAGCACAGGAUCCUGCCAGGGGGAAGUCGUGGCCUAAUGGUUAGAGAGUUUGACUCCUAACCCUAAGGUUGUGGGUUCGGGUCUCGGGCCGGCUACGACUGAGGUGCCUUUGAGCAAGUCACCGAACCCCCCAACUGCUCCCUGGGCACCGUAGCGUUCACGGUGUGUGUGUUCACGGUGUGUGUGUUCAUGGUGUGUGUGUUCACGGUGUGUGUGUUCAUGGUGUGUGUGUGCACUUUGGAUGAAUUACUAAUUAAUUAUACGGUAAUCAUGUGUUGCGUUUCAUACAAAAGCAGUGGAUGGUGUUGGGUGUUUUGGCUUAUUGCCAUGACAACCACAAGCCUAAACUACAGGUUUAAAGUAAAACCAUCAUCUCUUACCAUCAUAAACCCAAACCCUAAAUCCUGACACGGAUUCCAAUCUUUAUCCCCCUUAUCAAGCGCUGUAGGACUAAACCCCAGCCCCAAGACCCCCACAUUAGUGUCAACACUAAUCCCUGACACUAAACCCUUUAUGAAGCAUGUACACACACACGUACACAUGACUGGUUUUCACAAACACACCAAUAAAAUUGUUUGAUCAGAGAAACAUAUUUACACUUUAUAGUACAAACACGGCCUCUUGUUUACUCAUCAGGACGGUGAUGUGCCAAGUGCCAUAACCGCUAAUGACAUAGGGUGUUAAGCAGGUUAGCAUGUCGUGUGCACUAAAGUGUCAUGUAACUAAUGAAUGUAAUAUAAGGUCUUGAGAAAUGUCCUCACUUCGUGCGUCGUCCGCUAUUUUGUCUGUAACGAUCGCUGAUAUUUAAAUAUUGUCAUGUAAAUGGAUGCGAGACGCGCAGAUUAUAUGAGCAUGCUAAUUGUAACCAUAGCAACAAUGUAACCAUAUCAACGAUGUACCGAAAGCCUCUGGUGCACGUCGACCACGAAUCUGACCGUUCGCUAGGAGAACUGAACGCAGACCCAGAGGCAUUGUGGGUAACGCUGACGUCUCGGGCAUGUUUGGGGAAAAUUUCAUCAGUGUGUGUUAUUUUAAUGUAAUGCUGCACACAUGUUGUUUUCCCACAGUGUGUAUACACCUCGUUCCCCGGAGUGUGUGUCAUCAAACAGUGUAUUCUUCUUCUGUUUACCUGCAAGAAACCUCAUCAUCCUCCUCAAACAGGUGGAGCGCAGAAUAAACGUAGCUUCACGUCACCAACAGGCUUUUUGUGCGUGUGUGUGUGUGUGUGUGUGUGUGUGUGUGUGUGUGUGUCUGUGUGCGUGUGUGAAGUGGUCUGGGGUCACUAUAUAAUGUUCUCACACACACUCACACACAUCCAACAAUUCAUCCAGACACAGAGAGAGCUAGGGAUUAUGCAGGCGGAGGAAUACACACGCAGAGGGAAGGAGAUGGUGGAUUAUAUCUGUCAGUACCUGACACAGAUCAGACAGAGGCGUGUCCUCCCAGAUGUUCAGCCAGGCUUCAUGAAGUCUCAGCUCCCUGAUGAAGCUCCUCAUGAUCCUGAGUCGUGGGACACCAUCAUGCAGGACGUGGAGAACAUCAUCAUGCCUGGGGUUGUCCAUUGGCAGAGUCCUCAUAUGCAUGCGUAUUUUCCUGCUUUGACCUCAUGGCCAUCACUGCUGGGAGACAUGCUGUCAGAUGCCAUCAACUGCCUCGGCUUCACCUGGGCAUCAAGUCCUGCUUGUACAGAGUUGGAGAUGUGUGUUAUGGAUUGGCUGUGUAAAGCACUAGGGUUGCCAGAUCAUUUCCUUCAUCAUCACCCAGAGAGCCGUGGAGGCGGGAUACUGCAGAGUACAGUGAGUGAGUGCACACUGGUUGCCCUUCUCGCUUCCCGUAAAGACAAAAUCCUGCAGAUGAAGAACAGAAGCUCUCCUACAGACACACACACAGACGCCUUCAGUGAUACACACACUGACAUGGACGAGUCCACACUGAACUCCACACUCAUCGCCUACGCCUCAGACCAGGCGCACUCCUCAGUGGAGAAGGCUGGAUUGAUCUCUCUGGUGAAGAUCAGGUUUCUGGAGACUGAUGAAAAGUUCUCUCUGCGUGGAGAAACCCUACAGAGAGCCAUUGAAGAGGACAGGAGGCGGGGCUUAGUGCCUGUCAUGCUGUGUGUAACGCUGGGCUCCACUGGGGUGUGUUCCUUUGACUGUCUGGAAGAGCUGGGACCCAUCUGUGCUUGUGAAGGUCUGUGGCUCCAUGUUGAUGCAGCAUACGCAGGCUCCGCCUUCCUCUGUCCUGAAUUACGUAACUUCCUGUGUGGUGUUGAAUACGCAGACUCGUUUGUCUUCAACCCGUCUAAAUGGAUGAUGGUGCACUUCGACUGUACAGCGUUCUGGGUGAAAGAUAAGCUUAAACUCCAGCAGACAUUUAGUGUUGAUCCUCUUUACCUGAGACACGACAACUCCGGAGCUACAGACUUCAUGCACUGGCAGAUUCCACUGAGUCGCCGUUUCCGGUCAUUAAAGUUGUGGUUUGUUCUACGUUCCUUUGGCCUGAAAAACCUUCAGGCUCACAUCCGACAUGGGAUUGAAAUGGCCAAACUGUUCGAGUCUCUGGUGAGAAGCGACCCAAACUUCUACAUUCCAGCAGAGCGACACUUGGGACUGGUUGUGUUCAGCAUGACUGAAGGAAAUGCUUUUACACAGGAGCUCUUGCGCAGGUUAACACACUCCGGCACCAUGUUCCUGAUUCCGGCCGCCGUCGCUUCCAAACUUAUCAUCCGCUUCACCGUGACGUCACAGUUCACACGCCCAGAGGACAUCCACCGUGACUGGAGCAUCAUCCAGCGCAUGGCCAAGGAGAUCCUGCAGCCAGGCCGCUGGCCCCGCCCCCAGGCGCUAUCCCUGGACAGCGAGAGCGAAACCGAAACCCUGUGGCAGGAACAGGAAGUGGAGGCGCAGCACGAGCCAUCCAUGAUCGACAAGCAUCUGGUGCGUCAGAAUCAGAGACGCGCCACUCGCUCAAUGAGCUGCAGCGCCGAGCUCCCACCGUCCAGACCUGACCCCACCCAUGGUCUAAAGGAGGCCCCGCCCCUCGGAGUGUUGGCGAAGAUUCCGGAGAGCCCUGAGGGGCGGAGAACCCCACAGAAGCGUCUGAUGAAGUUCCACAGUGUGCCGAGUUUACCACAGAAGUCCCAACACCACCAACAAGACAAAAUCCUGGAUGUUUCCACCCCUGCGGUUGUGCUGCACUUUUAGCGCACUGUGUGUCAGGUUUCACACACGUUUGUGUAGCAGGACCUUUUUUCCUUCACCUUUAGAGGUCACGAGGUCGAGUGUGAACACGAGUGUGAAGAUUUUAACACACGAUUUCAAACCUUUACAUAAAAUCACAUUUUAUUCCCAUUAGUUCUUUCAGUACUGACAUCAGCUUCAUUCUAAAAUCUAAUAUAAAAAUAAGCACAAUUUCUUUUUUAUUACAGAGAAAUCUUCAUCAUUUCCUCCUUCAUCAUCUUUGUACAUAAUCUCAUGUUAUAAUGUUAGAACACCAAUUAGGUGUGAAUAAUAAACAUCUUUGGGAUCAGAAACAUGAUUGAGGUCUCUGUGUGUGUGUGUGUGUGUGUGUGUGUGUGUGUGUGUGUGUGUGUGUGUGUGUGUGUGUGUGUGUGUGUGUGUGUGUGUGUGUGUGCAUGUGUAUGUCUGUGUGUGUGUGUG